AUGACAGAAGUUGUGACUAGUAAAGAAACUGAUUGUAAAUCAGAUUCAUGGGAAUCAGAUUUGAAUCCAGGGUGGUGGUCAAAUUUUAAGCAGGGUUUCGAUAAAGCAGAAAAAACCAAUGAAUAUGCAGAUCGUAAUGACUUGACAGAUAUUGAAAGAGCUAAUUUGGGUGUUGAGGAAACUGCAUUAGUCAAAGGUUUAAAGAAUCGUCAUUUACAAAUGGUGGCAUUGGGAGGUACUUUGGGGACAGGGUUAUUGAUAGGUUCAGGCUCAGCUUUAAGAACUGGAGGUCCAGCGGCUUUGUUGAUUGCUUGGGGUUUAGUGGGAACCAUGGUUUUCAAUACUGUUCAUGCCUUGGGUGAAUUGUGUGUAGCAUUUCCUGUGAGUGGUGCUUUCUCCAGUUAUGCUACCAGAUUUGUUGAUUCCUCUUGGGGUUUCGCUGUAGGGUGGAACUAUGCUUUGAUGUGGUUGAUAGUAUUACCUUUAGAAUUAGUUGCAGCAGCCAUAUCCAUUGAAUAUUGGAAUUCUGACAUUAAUCCCGUGGCUUGGGUGGCCAUCUUCUAUAUACUUAUAGUGUUGAUAAACCUCUUUGGUGUUAAAGGAUAUGGUGAAGCCGAAUUCAUCUUAUCAUUGAUCAAGAUAGUCGCCAUCAUUGGUUUCAUUAUUCUUGGAGUCGUUCUUGUCUGUGGAGGUGGACCAACAAAAGAAUUUAUAGGUGGUAAGUAUUAUAGAGAUCCGGGCCCUUUCUCAAAUGGAUUCAAAGGAGUUUGUUCUUGUUUCGUCACUGCAAGUUACUCAUUAGCUGGAACAGAAUUAGUCGGUUUGGCAGCUUCAGAAACUGAAAAUCCAAGUAAAACAUUACCUAAAGCUAUCAGGUCUGUAUUUUGGAGAGUUUUCAUUUUCUUCUUUUCGUCCCUUUUGAUAGUUGGUUUAUUAGUACCGUCUAAUUCACCUGAAUUAUUUGGCUCGGGGUCUGCUGUAAGUCCUUUUGUCAUUGCAAUCAACAACGCUAAAAUUAAAGUGCUUCCAUCAAUAUUCAAUGCUGUUAUAUUGAUAUCAGUGACUUCAGUGGGAAAUUCAGCUGUUUAUGGAUGUUCUCGUACAAUUCAAAGUCUUGGUGCUCAAGGUUUAGCCCCCAAGUUCUGUGCAUAUGUCGAUAAGAAAGGAAGACCCUUAGGUGGUUUAUUCAUGGCGGCUGUUUUCGGUUUACUUUGUUUCUUAAGUGCUUACAAAGAUCAACAAACCAUUUUUGUAUGGUUGUUGAGUAUUUCCGGGUUAGCUACGAUAUUCUCCUGGUUAAAUAUAGGUUUAUGUCAUAUACGGUUCAGAAUGGCUAUGAGAGUUCAAGGAAGAUCAUUGGAUACUUUGGUUUUCAAAUCCAUGACAGGAAUUUGGGGGUCAAUAUAUUCCAUCAUUUUACUAUUAUUAGUUUUAGUCUUACAAUUCUGGGUUGCUUUGUUCCCUAUUGGAGGAGAUGGUCGUCCUAAUGCAGAGAGUUUCUUCCAAAACUACCUCGGAGCAGUGGUGAUACUAUUAUUUUAUGCUAUUCAUAAAAUCUAUACAAGAAAUUGGAGAUUAUAUAUAUCUUUGAAAGAUAUCCAAAUAUAA